CCUUCUGCUCCUUUCCCUUUUCACUUUUGGCGCAGCUGUGUGUUUUUACCUGUCCACACCUCGUCAUUUUAAGUGUUUAGUCGUUACCGCCAGACGAAACAUGCUUUCAGAGAAGAAUCUCUGUCUGUUUUUUGUUCUGGUCAGCGCGGCUUCGACCUUGGCCACCGCUGCUGAGAAGAUGACAGCAGCCACAGUGUACUGGGAUCCCACACACAAGACUGUCCUACUGAAGGAGGGGGUGCUGGAGAAACAGGGGGAUGCAUACGGGUACCUGAACGACACCCUGUCCAGUACGGGCUGGAGCGUCCUGGAGAUCCGUGCGGGUUACGGGGAGACCCCUGAGCCUGACGAGGUCACCUUCUUCUUAGCCGGCUACCUUGAAGGCUUCCUUACUGCCCAGCAGAUCAUCGAUCACUACGCCAACAUGUAUCCCCAGCUGAUCAGCGACCCAAAGGUCUUGGGUCCGGUGCAGAGUUUCAUGAAGAAGCAGGACACGUGGACCCGGGAGCAGGUGAAGCUCAACAAGAGCUCUGAUCCUCUGUGGAAACAUGCCGGAUUCAUAGUGGCUCAGAUGGACGGACUCCAAGCCGGGGUUGCGCACUGGGCCAAGAAGCAAGGGAAAAAGCCCUUGUCGCUGUUUGAUGUCCAGUUCCUGAACGCAGUGGGAGACCUGCUGGAUCUGAUCCCAGCUUUGGUCCCGUCCUCCAACCGUCCACUCAGAGACUACAGGCUCCCAGGGAUGGGACACUGCUCUGCACUCAUCAAGUUGCUGCCGGGCUUCGAGAACCUGCUGUUUGCCCAUUCCAGCUGGUACACCUACGCCGCCACCAUGCGCAUCUACAAGCACUGGGAUUUCAAAAUCACUGAGCCCCACGCAGCCACCGGGAUGCUUUCCUUCAGCAGCUACCCUGGUUUCCUGGUGUCUCUAGAUGAUUUCUACCUCCUGGGCAGCGGUCUGAUGAUGACCCAGACCACCAACAAUGUCUUCAACACCUCCCUCUAUGAUCGGAUCACCCCCAGCAGCCUGCUGGCGUGGCAGAGGGUCAGACUGGCCAACAACUUAGCGCACACCGGGGAGGAGUGGGCCAAAACCUUCUCCAGGCACAACUCAGGUACCUAUAACAACCAGUACAUGGUGGUGGACAGGAGCAAAGUGAAGCUUGGCCACAGUAUCGAUGAUGGAGCUCUGACUGUGGUGGAGCAGAUCCCCGGGCUGGUCGAGUACUCUGACCAGACACCGGUGCUGCGCAGAGGCUACUGGCCGUCCUACAAUAUUGCCUUCCACCGAAAGAUCUACUUGCUGAGUGGCUAUGAAGAGAUGUGGAAGGAGCAUGGGGACGACUUCUCUUACGACCUCUGUCCCAGAGCCAAGAUCUUCCGCCGCGACCAGGCCACCGUCAUGGACCUGGACUCCUUGAAGCACAUCAUGAGGUUUAACGACUACAAGAAGGAUCCAUACUCCGAGGGCAAUCCCUGUAAGACCAUCUGCUGCCGUGGUGACCUGCAGGCGGUGAAACCCACACCAGAGGGCUGCUACGACACUAAGGUAACAGAUUACCACAUGGCUGAGCAGUUCCGUGCGGAGGCGCUGAACGGGCCGACGACACAAGGCAGCCUCCCUCCGUUUUCUUGGGACAAAUUCAGCAGCAUCACCCAUCAGGGGCUGCCACGCUACUACAACUUCACUUUUGUCCCCAUGAAGCCCCGUCUCUUUCUGCCCUGAGGGAGGUUAUGGAUUUGUGUGUGUGUGUAUGACUAUGGGUGUGGAAGAGGGUACCUUUUGGGAGUCAUGUUUGUAUAAUAAGGUAAAUACGUUGUUCAUUCAGGCGCUCAAAGUUGCUCUCUGUUAUUACACUGUUGUGAUUUGGGCAUCAGUCUGCAGAAAACCAAAAGAAAAGCCAAUGGUGUUAUUUUUUUUUUUUUUGUUUGUUUGUUUUUAUUACUGCCUACAGUUUAAGAUUGCAUCCUAUCAUGAUGUUUUAAGGCUUACCUCUAAAACAACACUUUGUGAUUUAUAGCUGCCAUCUCGAAGACAUGCUGAGCAUGCCUCUCAGUGUAUCAAAAUGACAAUCAUAUUUUACAAGCAAUAUGAAUAAGUGUCUCAGGGUAAAAUCAGUGAUCAAAAUUAGGAAUCGAUAGAAAUCCAUCAAUUCUUUGUCUCGUUUAUGUGCCUUAAAUAUACCUACAGCUAUUUGUGCCUUUGACAUUGAGAAUGUUUUGUUUAAAAAAAAAAAAUUCUAAAUCAAUGCACUAAUGCACUAAACAAGUUUGUGUUAUGCUGUGCUGGACCGUGUUUGGUCUCUGGUGAGAUCUGUUUUUUCCGACCAUAAAAAAAAUCAUUUCAAAAAUCAUCAUUUGACAGAGCUUUUUUAUUACUCGCAGUCCUGCUGUUGAAUGUGUCUGUGCAUCCAAACAGUAUGAGUUUAGUGCUAAAUGAAAGAAUCAGUGCAAUGUUAUACUCAGGGAUGUUGAUCGAGUCGACUGCCUUCUUAUGCUGUGAUUUAUGCACAUCUAUUUUUCUAAGUGCAAACUAAAAUGUCCCUGAAGAUGGUUCUUCUUAUGUCUGUUUGUGAAAUGUGGCUCUUUUAAAAUUGCAUUGAUGAAAUUCAUAAUUAAAUAAAUUUUAACAAUU